AUGAAGCACUAUUCUGUCAUGCACAAGUUCCAAUUCAGGGUUAAAAGAUCUAGUGCUAGAAGCUACUGGCUGAUAUGUGUUAGUGAAAACUGUACAUGGCACUUCAAGGCAACUAGUAUAAAUGAUUCUGCAAUGUUCAAGGUCAGAAAUUUCGACAACCAGCACACAUGCUCUUUAAUGGACAAUACAUCCAUACAACGCAAACCCACUGCCAUGGUAGUUGGUAGCAUGGUUAUUCCAAAAUAUUCUGAUCCUAAGACAAUUUAUACCCCAAAAGACAUUCAACUUGACAUGUUGUCUGAACACGACGUGAAUCUAACCUACAUGCAAGCCUGGAGAGCAAAGGAAAAAGCUUUACAGUUUUUGAGAGGUUAUCCUGUUGACUCCUACAACAAAUUGCCUAGUUAUUUGUAUAUUCUAGAGAAGACUUAUCUGGGGUCUGUAGUUAGAUUGAAGAAGACAGAAGAUGACUGCUUCUUGUAUGUAUUUGUUGUGAUUUGUACGUCAAUCAGUGGUUGGGAAUAUUGUAGGCCAGUUGUAGUAGUUGAUGGAACCUUUUUAAAGUCAUCAUACAGGAGAAUAAUGCUAAUAGCCAGUACAAUGGAUGCAGCAGGUACUAUAUUACCACUGGCAUAUGCUGUUAUUGAUUCAGAGAAUGACGCAUUAUGGAAGUGA